AAAGGAAUCAUAGCCAGCGCUACAUAUCAGCUUCAGGAGCAGAUACAUCCAAACACACAAACAGAUAUUAAACUCCAAUGUCCCAUAAUUCAUGGAUAUAUCCCUUUCAAUAUCGUUCAAUUAAAGAGUAUAAAACAAGGUUACUGAUAUUAUGCACACAGUUUCUGACUAAUGAAUAAUAAUUGACUAAACAUGUUCACUGAAUCAAAAAACUACAUAUAUGAAUCCCUUUGCGUACAUGAAUACAUGUGUGUUAUUAAUUAACUGAUUAAUUUUAUAUACUGCAUUUUACCUUUCAUAAAAGGUCUACAUAAUCAUGUGUGUAAAUCAGCAUUAGGUUUAUGCUUGUCUGUAAUUGACAUUUAUUAAUAUUAUUAUUUGAAACAAUCGAUUGCCUCAGAUGCAUCAGCAUCAUUAUCAUCGUCAGUUCACACACAUACACACAUAUCGAGAAAUAUAUCUAAACUGACGCCUACGUGUUUGCAUACGUGCACACACACGAAGGUAUGUAUACCUGUAGGCGACAUAUACAUGUGUAGUACGAUGUAUGAAUACUUUUUCAAAUGUCAUUAAGUCUGAAAGUUGGACUGACGCGAAGGUGGAGAAAAGAGUAUGGCCAAUCACAUCCAGAAUAAUUCAAAUCCCAUGCGUAUCAGCAACAGCAACAACCACAGUGAAAUAACUUGUUCACAAAUUAUGAACUAUAUCACUACCACCACCAGUAACAUCAACGGUAAGAGCAAUACGGAGAGUGUACAACAGUUCACAAGUCCAACAGAAUUGGAAAAGUCUAGCAUUAUCAACGAGAUUUCUUGUGACAACAAUGAAAAUCGAACAAAUCUAAUUGUAAAUUAUUUACCUCAGACUAUGUCACAAGAAGAGAUGAGAGCAUUAUUUUCAAAGAUUGGGAAAUUAGUCAGUUGUAAAUUGAUUCGUGACAAACUGACAGGUCAAAGUCUGGGUUAUGGAUUUGUGAAUUAUGUAGACGCUGCAGACGCCGAACGAGCAAUACGUGGACUCAAUAAAAUGAGGCUACAGAAUAAAACGAUCAAAGUUUCUCUUGCUCGUCCAAGCUGUGAAUCAAUAAAAGGGGCAAAUUUGUAUAUUUGUGGCCUCCCAAAAUUUAUGACUGAAUCAGAUUUGGAGAAAUUAUUUCACCCAUGUGGAAAAAUUAUUACCUCAAGAAUUCUUUUUGAUAGCAUUACAGGUCAAUCCAAAGGUGUGGGGUUCAUUCGUUUCGACCAACGGCAUGAGGCUGAAUUGGCUAUACAACAAUUCAAUGGUUAUCGUGUUGGAUCAAUGGCAGAUAGCCCUCUUGUUGUAAAGUUUGCCAACAUUCCUACAUCAGGUAAAAAUGGUACAAAUCCUAUGCUCAGUUCACCAACCAAUAACAGCAGUGUUGAUUAUAAGAGUCAAAAUAUACCAAAUUUAUCUUCUUUGUUGAAUUUAAACAAACUAGCCAUGAAAGCCAAUGAAUUACAAUCACUAAUCACUCCAGAGAUUUUAAAUGGUGAUUCAACCUUUGAUAUAUUUCACACUUCAACAACACCUAACUUAACAGCCGACUCACCUGGUGGUGGAAAGUCUACACGAAGAGUAGGUGGACCUGUACAUCCAUCUGCAGUACACAAACUACGGUUUAAUCCUUUAGACGGUUGUGCUAUACCUAUACGUAUCAAUCCAUUUGAAAUUGGAUUACGCUCGAUAAGUAAAAAUUCGGAUUCCAAUAUAAAUGCAGCAAUUUCCUUAGCUGCAGCUAUAGCAGCAGCUACCACAAACCAACCAGAUCAUUUACAGACACAGUUGCUAUCUCAGUUAAAUGGAGCUCAACAGCGGAUACCUGGAGUAAUUGGUCUUACAGUACCCUGGAUGGGAGCUAAUAUGGAAUCAAGUUUAAAUCCGCUAACAAGUAUUUACCAAACAAACAAUUCCCUUGGUGAUUUGUUUUCUCAGCCAAACAAUGUUCUCACAAGCAUUUCAUCGAAUACAAUUCCUUUCUUAACUCGUCCAGAAUACUACAGCGGUCAAAUUGGACCAACUACAACAGCACAAGCUAAUGUGAAUUUCAACGCAAAUAAACAACAAAACUUGAAUUUGGUUAGCAAUUUGAAUAAUAAUAAUUCAGUUAAAUCAUCCAUUCCACUUGUAGACUCAUUUCUGCUUAACCAGAUGGCACCAAAUUUUGAUAUUAAUGUAGCGGCAACUAAACUACUACAGAAUUUUUCAAUUCAGGUUGUAUCACCGAGUAUAGGAGGAACAACAACCACUGGUCUCUUUCCGACAAACACCACUACUACCACUAAUCUUAAUUCUUCAUCCUCACCACCCUCUACAGUGUUAAAAGUUGAAGGUUUAGCUCCUGGAACUGACGAGUCUAUUAUCCAGAGGUUAUUCUCUGCAUUUCCAAGUGUACUGUCUGUACAGCUACUUCCAACAAAAGAGACAACAUUCAAUGGAGAGAAUAAUACACUAAUAAUGAAUAACAAUAAUAAUGAAAGGCAAGAAAUGAAAGCACUGGUUAUCAUGUCAGAUCAAGAACAAGCAAAAUUAGCAGUGCACUACUUGAACGGAUGUACACUACAAAAUCGAGUGCUGAAGGUCUCCAGUGGAGAGAACACGAAUCCACAAAUCAACUAUAAUUUUAGUGAAUUCUUACAACCAACCAACCCGAUUCUGAUGCAAGCAAGUUUGUUCAGUCAAAAAGAAUUAGUCAAUCAAAUCCACUGA